CAGUAAUGAAUGAAAUAAUUACACAUUUACCCCCAACAUUGUUAUUACAAUCUGCAAUGACUGCAACAAAGCAAGGAUCCUGGAAGAGUCAUGUGAUCUACUCCAAAGAAUGGAAAUUUGCCAAAUUUGACAUGAAUCUAUAACCGGUUGUAAAAUAUGUUCUUCAUUUGCCGCUCCAAUCAUUGUGGGCAACUGUGUCUGCAUCCACACACUCACAUUAUACACACUCUCCACUGAUUAAUGGAUUAUUCACACUCUACAGAUGGUCAAGACUAGCAGCACCAAAACAAAGACUGUAGUGUGGCAGCUAUCUACUACAACAACCAGAACACAAUACAAUUUGGGCAAGAAUCCCCGGAUGAAAUACUUGCUACAACAACGAAGGGAGGAGGGCGCGAGACAAGAAGUGGUGGGGUAAUUUAUCAAAAUAACCUGACUUUCAGCUCAGUUAAUGGAACAUUUCAACUUCCCUACUAAAUUCAUCGCACCCUAGUCGCCAGUGUGGCUGAGGGAAGCAUGCAGACCAUAAAGUGUGUGGUGGUGGGUGAUGGCGCUGUGGGUAAGACUUGCCUGCUCAUCUCCUACACCACCAAUGCCUUCCCAGAGGAGUACAUUCCCACCGUGUUCGACAACUACAGCGCCCAGAUAAGUGUGGACGGCCGCGCCAUCAGUCUCAACCUGUGGGACACGGCAGGCCAGGAGGAAUACGACCGCCUGCGCACUCUCUCCUACCCCCAGACCAACGUCUUCAUCAUCUGCUUCUCCAUCGGCAGCCCCUCCUCUCAUGCCAACGUACGGCACAAGUGGCACCCAGAGGUAUCCCACCACUGCCCCGGAGUUCCAGUGCUGCUGGUGGGCACCAAGCAGGAUCUGCGUGGAGAUACGGAGGCGGUAAAGAAGUUGAAGGAGCACGGCCUGACCCCCACCACCCAACAGCAGGGCAAUGCCUUAGCCAAGCAGAUUGGUGCUGUCAAAUACCUGGAGUGCUCAGCUCUGAUGCAGGAAGGUGUGAGGGAGGUGUUUGCAGAGGCUGUGCGAGCUGUGCUCUACCCCGUUACCAAGAAGAAUGACAAGAAGUGUGUUCUGUUAUAACUUUGCGCCUAGACUGCAGGGGGACAGGGGGAAGAGACUCAAAUGAUUGGCUAGGCCAUUUUGGCUCCCAAUAGGCCUUCCACGUCCUAACCCUCACCAAUGUAGCUUUGCCUGGCUUCUAUAUUAAUUGAUUGUCAAGAGGUCCUCUCAACUAAGAUAUGGUUUUAAUUGAUGCCAUCAACCUUCCUAUGGAUUUUUUUUGUACCUCUGAAAUCAAGAACCAAAAUGAAGAAGCCAAGGGAUUUCGAUGGUCUUCUCAGCUGCCUUAAGUGACAUGUUACAGCUACAUGUUUAAGAAGAUUACAUCUGCUUUGCUUUUCUCCUUCAUCAGGCCAGUCUUGUGUGUUGAAUGUUUUCUGUUAACUUUGCCCUUGUUUUAAUUUGAUGUGAAUCACAGGAAUUUUGUGUCAAUCAAUAUCUACCGUGUUAAACAUUUUGUUAAUCCCCUGUGCCAUUAUAGUUAUUGUCUUAUUGCAUUAGAGCUGUCAAUAAGAUAUACAGUUUGCAUCUAACGUGGCUCAUAACCUGGGGUCGCAGGACAUCAGCUGAACUAGCCUUACUGGAAUGAGAGAUGCAAGGGUGGGUGUAUGUAUGACACUGUUACCCCAAACACAGGCACACUGAUUAGAUCAGUCUGUCUCCUAUUGCUCUUUCAGUUACUCACACUCCUCUCUCUCUUACUCUGUAAAGCCUUGAGCUUGCCAUUGCACACAAUGCUUUCUUGUUAAAACAAAGUCCUGAUUGUCUCAGAUUGAAUACAGAUUUGGAUGUCUGUGUCUGCUAGGUAAACAGAUCCCAAAGAUGAAUCUUCCAUUUGUAUUGCUGUUGUUGGAAGAAGUUUGGAAGCAAUAAUUUUAUGAGUGAUUAUUGAGACCCCUUCCCCCAAAAGUCAAACUUCUGUCUGCUUACCUGCUUAUGUGUAAUAAACUCUCUUUUUUUUGUCUGAAGUCAAACAGAAACCACAAGGAAAACGCAUUCCAUCUUAUAUUGUCACAGAAAUCUAUGUGCUGAUUAAUGCUACACAUUAGGAUGUCAUAAAAAUCUUCUACUGUUUAGCGUUACCUCCCUCAUGUAGGUACGUAUGUGUUUUGAAGGUACCAGAUGUCAGCAGUGAUGCUACUCAUUUGAGGCUAACUGUGUUAACUUAUCUAGGUGUAAUGGAAAGUAUGUAUGACUAAUACCGCAACAGGAGCUGCAACCCUAACAGUUACUAAUGUUGCAUGGGCUGUAUGAACAUGCUUGUGGGGUAGUGUUGUGGAAAGGUAUAUAUAUGCCUCUGCUGCAGGGCAGAUGCCUACCUGAGGAGAGUGCCUACAUAUUUUAUCCAAACCACUCUCGCAGGAUUCUUUCAGUGCCUGGUGGUUAUUGGAAUGACUAGUUCUGUCGUUUGCCUCGUGCCUUUGGUGACAUCAUAUGGGGUCUGUGCACCUUAUGUCCUUAAGGGCUACAGGGUCAGCUGGUUGAAUUUAAUAUAAAAUAUUGCAUUUGAUGGACACCUGUUUUAUAAGUCAUAGUUAAUCUGCUGACUGGAUGACACGUGAUGGAAACCUACAGAGUCUAGCACUUGAGAACUAAAGUUGCACUUCCUCUGUGUGGAAGUCUUUGUCUUCUCAAACAGAUGGAUUGCCCCCCCACCACUACCCGAUAAUAAAUGGGUUCUGGUGGAAUGUCAUAGGUUUCUUAACAGGUAAUCUGCCAUGACAUGUAUAACAGGUGAUAAAGGUUAAAUUAAGAAGUGCAAUUUUGUUCACUUUUUUAAAAUAUACACCAUACAUAUUCCCUUGUAUCUUUGCAGCUCAAUGCCAUUCUGUACUGCAGACUAAAGAUGCUUGGUUUGGUAUUUAUGAUCCAAAAGAAACAUUUGGCAUUGAAUAUUUUAUAAUCCAUUUAAUUCCAGAUGCAAGUGGUCUUUACCUAUUAUAUGUAAACACUCGACUUGAUUAUACAUUUUGAUUUAAUCCUUUUUUACAAUGAGAAGUCUGUGUGUACUUUACAAUACAUAAUAUUUUAGAUAAAUGAUUAUGUAGUAACACAUGCAUUACCUUUUCAAAUUACUUUGAUAACAAUUUCUUAAAAUUAGAUUUUUACGCUUAUAUAAUUACGGCACUGUAAAAGAAUGGGCAACUAAUUUCUUCAAUCUAUUGUGUCGUCAGAGCAGGCAUCAAGGAAACAUCACCUAAGUAAACAUUUUUUGGGGAGUUUCUCUGCUAUACUUAUAAAUCAAUGAAAGGCUGGGUCCUGUGUGGUACAGUGACCCAAACCUUAUAUUUGGUAUUCCCCAGACUUGCCCUGCUGCACACAGCCUUAAAUUGCUGAAAACUCAAGUUUGGCCUUUUUUAAUCUCCUUUAGCUGAAAGAGAUGACUUGGCCUUGAAGGAGUGUAUGGUGGUAUGUGGUUUUUGAUUUGUGUGUUAAAAAGUCAUUUUAACUGCAACCCACUUGAAUAACAAUUCUGUUGAAAAUAUCAGUCAUGCCAAAUAAAUUAAAAAGUUUA